AUGAGUUCAUCUUAUGGAGAGCAAUGGCUGGGUUCUGAAGAUUCACAUGUCCGCAGAAGAAGUAGUUUGAACACACCGGACACAUCUACGCGUUCACCCAAUAGAUUUGGAAAGUCCCAUAGUUUAAGAGGCGAACGACGUGUAGCUCAAGGGAAACAGAAGGCUGAAAAACCAGAAAAGCCUGAAAAGCUAAGAAUAGAGUUGCAAAAGCGUGUUAAAAUUUCCUCCUCAAAUAAUUCCCCUUUAACCACUGAGAAGCCCGAACCGACCAAGAAGAAAACUCAAUCUCAACAACAGACACCUAGAAAGGGUAUUCUGAAUCAUUUAGAAUUAGACAAGAAGCCAGACAGCGAGAAAUUUAAAGACCUCCAUCCAGCUGUUCUCACACUUGGACUCUUAUUCUCAGAAUACAAAAUCGUUGGUUCCAAUGCUCGUUGUGUGGCCGUACUAGAGACUCUUUCCAAAGUCAUUCGCGAUCACCGACCGCCCAGUAAUGCAUCCUUUGUUCGUCAUAUUCAAAAACACUUGGAUCCUCAUAUUGCUUUUUUGUUGAACAUCCGAAGCUUUUCAUUAAGCAUUAGAGAGAUUGUUCGAUAUGUUAAAAAGGCAGUAGCCGAUUUAGUUGCUAUACACCCGCCUUUAUCUGACGAGGAGGCAAGGACUCAAUUAACCAAUACAAUUGCACAUUUUAUACGUGCACGUAUCACCAUUGCAGAUCAACUCAUUAUUCAAUACGGUCUUUCCAAGAUCGAAAACGGUGAUGUCAUUUUAACGUUUGCCAAAUCAUCUGUCGUGGAAAGCUUAUUAUUAAAAGCAAAGCAGAUCGGCAAAGAAUUUUCAGUUAUUAUAGUUGACAGUAGACCCCUUUUGGAAGGUAAAAACUUGCUCACAAAGUUAACUGAAGCGGGUAUAGCAUGUAAAUAUGCUCUUAUAUCGAGCAUAUAUGUCCUUUUAAAGAAUGUCACCAAAGUGUUUAUGGGGACACAUGCGAUUUUAAACAACGGAUCAUCAUAUUCGAGAAUAGGGUCUGCAGCAGUUGCUAUGGCAGCCACCGAUAAGAAAAUUCCUGUUAUGGUUUGUGCUGAAACGUACAAGUUUAUUAACAGGACCCAAGUUGAUUCUUUAGUCAUGAAUGAAAAAGGAGAUCCAGAAAGAUUGGUGCGUACAAAACAAUACGAUACAUCGCCUAUAUUAGCUGAUUGGAAGCACACAUCCAAUCUAAAUAUUUUGAAUUUGAUGUAUGAUGUAACGCCCGCAAAGUAUAUUUCGCUCGUCAUUACAGAGAUUGGUAUGAUUCCGUGCACUUCUGCACCUGUCAUUUGGCGCGAAUACAAGUAA